AUGUUCUACUUCAGUAUGAAUUUCUCUUUUACACGCACACAGACGCUUACUCGACUGCGACUGUUGGCUCAUGUGUUCGUGGGUCUUCUGAUCGGACUGCUCUACUUCAACAUAGGCAAUCAGGGCACUCUGGUUAUCAACAAUGCGGCAUUUAUCUUCUUCUCCGUCCUCUUUAUCAUGUUCUCUUCCCUGAUGCCCACCGUCAUGACCUUUUUCCGCAUCUGUCUGCAAUUUUUUCUCUUAAAAGCAGCUGUUGCAGUAGGCCUAAAUACUGGUUAG